AUGACACCGACGCAAAUGAUAGGAACCGCAACAAGCGCCAUCGACUUUACGGUCGGUGCAAACCAACCAGCUGCUCUUACUUCUCCUACUCAGAAUAUUGAUAAUGUAGGCAGCACACCCUCGAAUGCUGCAAGAAUUAAUAUUUUUACACUUUUGAGGAAUUUUGUGGUUGGGUUGGUUAUGAUUGUUGGCAUGGGUUUUUAG